AUGGGUUGCUGCCAAGACAAGGACUGCCACACCUGCAAUGAGGAGGCCAAGGAGGCCGAAUUGGAGGAAGUCAAGGAGGAAGACACGGACGUCGACAUCGACGGCGAAGGGACUGAUGUGGACUCGACAAACCACCGAAAUCUCAAGUCUAACGAAAGCCUGUUGAUCACUGUACUGUGGCGGCGGCUAUCCAUGUUCAGCCGUCGGGGCUCCACACGAUCAAACAAGAGGAGACAAUCAAUCCAGAUUCAAAAGCAAGGGCGUAUGCUCCCGGAGAACAACUCGGAGGGGAUCCUGGAGGAGCCGGAGAAGGGGUGA